UGUCAUCGCGUUCUUUACUUUGGUGUGUUUUACACAGGGGGCUCGGGCGGAGUGUACAAAUCUCAACAAUGUGGCUCUAACAACAGCUGUUUUCUGUUAUAUACAUUGUUGGGGUUGUAUAACGUGUUUCUCUUACAGCAUACAGAAGAAAGACUGCUAAGUGCCUCCGGAAAUCAAACAAUUUUGUAAUUCACACGAGAGGCUAGCUCAUAAGCUACUAGCUAACACCUAACGUUAGCUAUGGAGGAGAGGAAAGAGGAGGGAGAAGCGGAGAUCCAAGAGCACGGCCCCGAGCACUGGUUCUCCAAAUGGGAACGGCAGUGCUUAGCGGAGGCCGAACAGAAUGAUCCAAAUGAGGAGGAGACGGAACAAAGUCAACAGAAGCUGUGGCACCUGUUUCAGAACUCAGCCACCGCAGUAGCACAGCUCUACAAAGAUAGAGUAUGUCAGCAGCAAGGACUCUCUCUCUGGGUGCCCUUCCAAAAUGCAGCCACAGCUGUCACUAACCUGUAUAAAGAGAGUAUGGAGGCUCGUCAGCGGAGCUAUGACCUGGGCAUCCACUUAGGCUACCAGCGCAGAAAUAAAGAGGUGAUUGCGUGGGUGAAGAAACGCAGAAGAACUAUCAGGCGAGAAGACCUCAUUAGCUUUCUGUGUGGCAAAGUUCCACCUCCACGGACAGCUCGCGCCCCGCCUAGAGUUUCCAUGGUGUCUGCCAGCCGACCAUCACCCCCAGAGACAGGCAACUCUGUGGAGACAGACCUGCAGCCCUUCAGAGAGGCAAUUGCACUGCACGGCCUUAGCGGUGCCAUGGCAAGCAUUUCUGUGCGCUCUGGUCCUCCUGGCUCCCCAACUCACCCCGCCCAGUCCCUCAGUCGUCGUAGGAAUGGUCUUCUUGACGUGGACCUUAACACCUUCAUCGCUGAGGAGAUGGCACUCCAUUUGGAUUCCACAGCCAAUCGUAAACGAGGCCCUGCCCCCUGUAGUGACGUCAUCACAGACUCACCUACUCAUAAACGUAACAGGAUGCUCUGAACUUUUCCUACACCACUAAUCCCUCCUCUGUCCUCUCCUUGGUGGCUGACUGGACAGCUGGUGAGGACUGAUGCCUUGGCCAAGCAUUGAAAUCUUCCUCCUUUUCAUCUUAGUUGCAAUGCUACAAAUAAAGAAAAACUUAACUAUUGCCAACCCACAUAGUUCUCCCCUUCUUUAUUUUUCCUUCAGCCCCCCCUACACCUGUUGUCUCACACCUUCUCUCCAUGUUAAAGUUCUAUUCUUUUACUGAAAUUGUCUCCUGUAUGUUUGGUUUUCCUCAAUAGACGUGAUAUCAAAGUGACCACAUGUCACACUUGAAAUCUUGAAGUUGCAGAAUGUUGCAUUUAGACGUUGUCUAUUGGCCGGGCUCCUUUGUGCUUCACAUCCAGUAAUCAGAUGAAUUGGGCUGUUUGCUGUUCUCUUCCCCUCAUUCCUCAAACAUACUUCCUCCUCCUCUUCCCCUGUGGAGUGCUGGCCAAACCAGACUGGACUGAAACUCGGGCUCCGCAGGGAGGCUGAACUGUCUCCCUGCUGUGUGGCUCCACUCAAAACGCUUGUCAGCGUGUGUAUCUCAUUCUGCUGCUGCUCUGUGUGUUUGCGUAUCUGACAGCAGAACUGCCACUUACUGUGUUGUACUUGUCUUCGCCUUUGAGAAAGCUGCUACAGUAUCUCUGGUUGUUGUGCAACAGUGAGUGUGGGUGUGUAUAUGAGAGUGUGUGUGUGUGUGUGUGCGUGUGUGCGCGUGCUUGUGGGUGCAGGGUUCUGGCAUAUCCAGCACCCACUUGACCCAGUUAUUUCCUGAUUUACUUAAAUUCAUCCUAUUUUUUUCUUUAGUUGCUCUUUGCAGCCCAAACCAGGGUUUUAUCACAAAGCAGGUCAGUCUAAUUUACACAGAUAAUGGUGACUAUCAUUUCCGAGUGAGCUGACACUUUGAGUAGUGGGAUAAUAGGAGGCGUAAAAGCAAGAUGCAUUUUCAACAAAGCUUUCUUUGCUUAAGAAUCAUUGUCCUGAGUUGUGUUUAAGUUUUUGUAUUAAGUUUACAAAACAUCAAAAAUAUGCAGUUUCCCUGUGUGCAUCAAAAUACAUUGGACUGAGUACUGGCUCUUGCAUUUCUGCAUCAAGAGCAGUAACAGUGCUUCAGAGCUUGCAUUUUACCUACUUUAUGUUUACAUUUGUCCCAGUUGAGAAGAACUUGAACUGGUGCAUUGUCAUUAUUUCGUCUCUUGAACUUUUGAAAGAGUUACAUUUUCACACGUGUAAUUUCAGCUUUAAAUUUAGAAGAUUUCAGGGGGCAGUUGCCUGUUAACUAGUGGGGGUAAAUGGCUGGGAUAUUUUAUGUAGUCUAGCCAAUUCAAGGACUAUUGGGGGUGAGUUGACAAGGCUUGGGACACUUGAUUUUGCUAGUUUGACACACUGCUUUGUGAUACAAUCUUGUGUAAUGUGUGUAAAUAACAUGUAGGUGCUGUUAUAUGUGGUACAUAUUGUAAAAAGAAGUGCAAAUCCAUUGGGAUGUCCAUAUACAAUAACAAUUCUGACAUUAAAGAAAAUACAAGCGUUUAACUAAGUUGUCAUUGAUUUUCCUACUACCUA